AUGCCAAUGUCGAGCGCCAAUUUAAUCAAAACAUUUUGGAAUUCUUAUAUUUCGAAGGGCCGACAAGCAACAGGAUUUCGUGAAGAUGAGAUAACUGUGUGUGAAUAUUUGGGUGAAUGGUCAAAGAAAAAUGUUCCAGUUAAUCUUGUGGAGUUUGUGAGAUUUAUUGAUCGAUCGAUCUUGUUGCAGAAACAAGUCGAUCCGACAUCGCACGGCUUGGUUGUUCAUGACCGCGUUGGUGGUAGUAAAGCAGCGUUCUAUUGCAUUGCUAAAAAUCUAAUCGAUCGUCUAUUGAUUGAUAGGCGUGUAUCUGUCGAGAAUUUUGCCGCCGACAUUUGUCAACAGCGAAUGAAUGCAAUUGAAUAUAUGGAACAAUAUCUGGCACUUUAUGAUGCCGUUUGUAUCUGGAAUGAAUUGUUCAAACGCCAAGCAUUGCUGAAUGAAUCAGUAUCACAGUACAGCUAG